UAGUUUCAAGUUUGCGCAUGGUCGAGACAAUUUAAGAUAAGCCACCUACAGUCGCAUCGAUUUCGUGACGGAAUCAAACUUAAUAUUUCGUACUUAGCGUACCGGCUUUGAAUGCAUUUGGGUAAUAAUUUGCUUUAAUUGUCAUUGUUUUCAUACGAUACUGUGCACUGAUACAAUACAAUUGGAAUAAAGACAAAAAUGAAUUCGGAUGUGACAAACUGGUCACAGACCAGCGCCGAAAGAUCGGUUGGCCAACAAGUUCGAGAAAUAUUGGAAAUCAUUGGCGAUACGUUGCUUCUUUUUUUGAGGAUUUUCUAUUUUGUGGCUGUCAGUGUUUACAAGAAAAUUGUUCCUCCAGCUUUAAAAGAAGUAAAAGGAAAAGUCGUUGUUAUAACUGGGACUGGGCAUGGAAUUGGUAGAGAGUUAGCUUACCUUUAUUCCCAAGAAGGUGCCAUCGUCGUGGGACUGGAUGUUAACGAAAAAGGUAACGAAGAAACAUUUAACGAGAUAGUCCGGAAUGGACACCAAAAAGGCUGUUGGUACACUUGUGACGUCUCGAAGAGGGAAAAUGUCCUGGAAAUAAGUAAAAAAAUUACAAAAGAAGUCGGCGACGUAAGUGUUUUGAUUAAUAAUGCCGGUAUUAUGCCUUGCCAUCCUGUGGAAAAACACACCCCCGAAGAAAUCGAGCGGAUAUUUAAGAUUAACGUGAUAGCUCAUUUCUGGACGCUAGAAGCGUUUCUGCCCAUUAUGAAGAAAAAUAAUGAUGGUCACAUAGUUGCACUAUCGUCUUGUGCGGGGUUGUUUGGGUUAAAAAAUCUGGUUCCUUACUGCGCUUCUAAAUUUGCAGUUAGAGGGUUGAUGGAGGCUUUGUACGAAGAAAUUCGAGUUGCGCCCAACAAUCAGAUAAAAACUACCAUUGUUUUUCCUUAUAUGACUGAUACUGGACUUUGCAAAAAUCCGAAAAUAAGAUUCAAAAACUCUAUGAGGUUAUUAAAUCCUCAGCACCUAGCACAGGAAAUUAUGCGGGCUCAAAGAAGUGAUAUUUUCGAAAUUUCUGUGCCAAGUUAUCUUCAAUUAUUAAACAGUACUAGCGAAAUGUUACCUCACGAUGCUAGAAUUGCCAUUGGAAAUUAUUUGGACACUUACGUAGAUUCGGAUUUGAAGUAAAGAAGAAUAUUUCGAGAAUAAUAAUUAUAGUACUUAUUUAAUAAUACUUAUAGGUAAUGAUGUAGAAAGGUUAAAAAUAUUCAUGUCUUUGUUAUGAAUUACUUAAAUAAAUAAUUAACUUGGAAUAAUAUGUUACUGUGAUUUGUAAUAAUAACUUAAAAUGUGUUAAUGUUUAUAUAAAAUUAUCGACUUGUAGCGAAAAGGUAAAACAUAUUCUAAAAAGGCCUACUUAGAAAAUACGUAAGGAGUAAAUUAGAACACAUUUGUUUUUGAUUUCAGUAGGAACAUUUUUAAAUAAGCAAAAUUCACGCAUUCUUUUUAUAGAAAAUGUAACUCUAUUUUUAUAUAUUUUCGUUAUUCGCAGUCACAUACAAAUACACAUAUUUUUUCAGAUAUUUUAAAUGUUUUUAAUUAUUUACGAAUAUAGAACACAAAAGUUUCAAGAAAAAUAUAGUGAUGAAUCAUUCGAUGAUGCCAUGGUGUGGUGAUAUGAUGUUAUUGUUGUGAAUAUAAUAUAUUUUGUGUUCUAUUUUCGAGGAUAACUACCUAUAAGUUUCAACAUGCAUAUCAGCUAUCACUCUAGAAAGUUUAAAUAUUUUUAAGUAAUGUAAGUUAAAGCUUUAUUAAAUUCUUUAUUAGAACUAGUUUUAUAGCUGUAUGAUUUUUGUACGAAUGUAAAAAUUAAAGACCUGUUAACAAGA